AUGGCACGGAAAGCGGGGCGCUCCACGAGCGACACGUCACGAAAUAAAGACCCCCUCUCCACCCGCCCAGAGUACUAUUUUGCAUUUCCGUUUCUUUCAGAGUGGCGCGCGCAGAUCCUCGGCUCGUCGGACCUGCACGUCAAGACGGGCUCGUCCAUCACCCUCACCUGCGUGCUGAGCCAGGGUCCGCACGACCUGGGCACGGUCCAGUGGUUCCGCAACGACCAGCUGCUCUCCAACCAGGUGGCCGCGGACGUGCAUCCGAACGCACUCGACCCCGAGCCGCGGGUGCGGAUCACGGUGGCCUGGACCGAGGCGCUCACCUCCAAGCUGUUCAUCGGCUACGCCAAGCCCAGCGAUUCGGGCAACUACACCUGCAAGCCGACCAGCCUCGCAGAGUCGGCCAGCGUCAACGUGCACGUCAUCAAUGGCGAGCACCCUGCUGCCAUGCAGCACGGCAACAAGAACCGAGCGAGUGCGCUCUCCCUACACUGCAUGGUGUACUCAAUCAUCCUGGUGAUCAUGAGAAGAUGAGAUUGGAACACCGCGCUCGGGACCUGGACCUGGACAUAGGCCUGAGUGUGCGGAAGGAAAUUUUAAUUACCCUUGCCGAGUGAGUGUUGACUAUUUCCGGCGCAGUGGUCAGUGAUUUGUUUUCCUUUCCUAUUUUUUGUACGAGGACUUGUGCACUCCCGACAUAGAGGGAGAGACGUAUUGAGAUGUCAUCGGCAGUGGAUUAUAUUCGUUAAAAGGGGCCAAUUCCGACGAAGUAAGAUCCAUUUUCGAUAGUGGGGAU